AGUCAAAAAUUUACAGCCAAAAUAAAAUGUAAUACCACCAACCAAUUAUUUCUUCAUACACAUUUAUAUAUAUAACUUUGCAGGUGAUGUCAAGCGAAGUCAAUGAUGGAUGUGAUCAAGAUUUGAUCGAUGAUAUAGAUUCUGAAGUCAGAUUGUGUGUUGAUUUAUAUAGUUCGACUUUAGGAGCAUGCUGCCUAAAUUUUGCUGAAAAGAAACUCUACUUAAUUGAAGAUACAUCUAUCAAUGGAGACCUUUCUCCUAUCAUAGGAACUAUAAUCAAUCAAUUUCAAGCUAAAUCAUUGAUUGUCUCAUCAAGAAUUCCUUCUGAAAUUGUUCAAGAGUUGACUAGUUUAUCAGAACAGUAUUCGUUUAGAAUUAGUAUUAGUGCUGCUUCCGAAUUCACUUGUUCAAAUCUUGAGCUGUUAAUAAAAGAAUUGAAAUCAGAAGAGUUGAUGUGUACAGAAACAGGAUCGAUUCACUAUUACAUGUUACAAAAUCUUGUGACAAGAUCAUCUGAUAUGGCAAUUACUAUUGGAACCCUAAAUGCACUAUGGACGAGUGUUAAAAGUUCAAAUUUGUCUGAUGGUUCCAUUAAAUAUUUUAACACUAUCGAGAUUGUCGGAAUUCAGGAUAAGAUGUUUAUUGACGUAGAUCUGUUACAUGCUUUACAAAUAAUGCCUUCGUUUGGAAACAGACCUCAGUUUAACCAAAAAUCUCAGAAAAUGUCGUUAUACGAACUAUUGGAUGGAACUGAAACAUCAGCUGGCUCAAAACUAUUAAGAGAUUGGAUUAUUAGGCCAUUAUGUGAUAUUCCAACCAUUAUUGAUAGACAAAACGCUGUUGAGUUGUUAACGCUACCACAGAAUGCUGAACUUUUGCAAUCACUAAAAUCCAAUUUAAAGAAAAUAGGUAAUAUCACACCAGUCAUAGAGAAAAUUGGAACUGGUCAGCGUAAAUGGAGCCAAUGGAAAUUGAUUUUGCAAUUCUUAGAGUAUUCUGUAAGAAUUUGUGAUUUGGUUUUAACUCUUUCAGUAGAAGGCUUUGCUCAUGAAUUACCAUCUUGCUUUGCAAACUCUGCUACUCUCUCCCAAAAUGAUACAUUUAGAGCUUUGUUAGAGUUCAUGGAAGAUUUCAUAGAUUUUGAAACAUCCUUUGAAAUUGGUACAGUUAGUAUUAAACCUGGUAGAGAUUCUAUUUUAGAUGAACUUAGAUCAAAGUACAAUGAAUUAGAAGUUUUACUUCAAAGCACUGUGAAAGAAACGUCUAUAAGCAUUGGAUCUGUUGAUUUAGAUAAUAUAAAUGCAGUAUAUAUACCCCAAAUUGGUUUCUUAAUUUCUUUAAGUUGUGGUUUUGAGCAAGGUGUGGGAUUGGGUAGUGAAAUUCAAGAUUGGAAAGAAACAUUCAGAACUUCAACCCAUAUAUAUUUCAAAACCAGAACCACGGAACAAUUGGAUUCUGACUAUGGGGAUAUUUAUGAAUUAAUAUGUGACAGAGAAAUCGAAAUUAUUCAGGAGCUAAAACAAUUUAUUUUAAAGGAAGCUAAUACCAUGUUAGAAUUUCAUGGUGUUCUUAUUGAAUUGGAUUGCCUUUGCGCCAUGGCAACAGUUGCGAAUUCUUACAAGCUUUGCAAACCAGCGAUUACGGAUAACUUUGAACUAGAUAUUAAAGAUGGUAGAAAUCUUUUGGUAGAGAGCUAUGUCGAUUCUUUUGUUCCUAAUAAUUUUAGUUUUACAAAUUAUGAAGAUAUAGAAUCUAAAGUUGUAGUUAUUACAGGUCCCAAUAUGUCUGGGAAGUCUGUGCUUUUGUUGCAAGUAGCUAUGAUUGUUGUAUUAGCUCAAAUUGGAAGUUUUGUUCCUGCACUGGCUGCAACUAUUGGUAUGGUUGAUAAAUUACUAUCCACAGUUCAAACAAGAGAGUCACUAGAUAAACGUCAAAGUACUUUUGCUUUGGACAUAAAUCAAAUUUCGAAGUGUAUUUGCUUGCCUACGGAAAGAUCUCUUAUAAUAAUUGAUGAAUUUGGAAAAGGUUCAGAUGCAAUUGAUGGUCAAGCUCUAUUUGGUUCUGUGAUUAACCAUCUAGCGAGCAAACCCAAUUGUCCAAGAACUCUUGCAACUACCCAUUUUCAUGAAUUAUUUAGAAAUGAUCAGAACAUCAUUAGAGAAGAAUGGGCUGCAAAAAUUAAAUACUUUCAAAUGGAUAUUUUGUUAUCUACAAAUGGUGAAGAAAUUACAUUUUUAUAUCGCUUAAAAGAUGGAAUCUCAUAUAGGAGUUUUGGUAACUACUGCGCUAAGGUUUGUGGUAUAUCAGAAGUCAUAGUUUCUCGAGCUCAAGAAUUAAUGCAAAAAUUAGAAGCAGGUAAAAACUUGGUCCAAGAGUUUACACAAAUGUCUGCUGAUGACCACUCUGACUUUGAAAAAGCUAAGGCUAUUGCUCAUAAAUUCUUAAGCUUACAACUAAAUGAAGCAGAUACUUCUACGGAAAAUGUUGAACUUAUUCUCUCUCAAUUCCAUAAUUUAUUUAGGUGAUUAAAAUGUUGUCUAUCAUGCAUUGGGAAUUUAUUUCCUUG